AUGGGAACCUUUGACCUAUGGACAGAUUACCUGGGUUUGGCACGCCUGGUGGGGGCUCUGCGCGGGGAAGAGGAGCCCGAAACCAGGCUGGACCCCCAGCCACAGCCAGCUCCAGGACCAGGGGCUCAGAGGCCCAGCCCGGAAUCACCAGCUCCUGAACGCCUGUGCUCUUUCUGCAAACACAACGGCGAGUCCCGGGCCAUUUACCAGUCCCACGUGCUCAAGGAUGAGGCGGGCCGAGUGCUGUGUCCCAUCCUGCGUGACUACGUUUGCCCCCAGUGCGGUGCCACACGCGACCGUGCCCACACACGCCGUUUCUGCCCGCUCACUGGCCAGGGCUACACCUCUGUCUACAGCUACACCACCCGCAACUCAGCCGGCAAGAAGGUGUCCCGGCCUGACAAGGCAAGGACGCAGGACUCAGGGCAUCGCCGAGCAGGAGCAGCCUGUGCAGGUUCCAAAGGUGCUGGGAAGUCUUCUGGACCUUCACCCUCUUCCUGCUGCCCCUCCACUUCUGCCUAG